AAAGCGGAAGUGAUCACCGCUUCAAAGCUAGCACCGCCCAACGAGCUUGUACUUUUCCACACAUUACACCGCCAACAUGUCCACUUCCUCCAAUCUUAUAGCCAUGAAAAAAGUGGUACAGCAGCUCCGCUUCGAGGCAAGCAUAAACAGAGUGAAGGUGUCCCAAGCUGCUGCAGACCUUCAGCAGUUCUGCAUGCAAAACGCCUUGCAAGACCCUCUGCUCACAGGCGUGUCGUCCAGCACCAACCCUUUCAGGCCACAGAAGGUGUGCUCCUUCUUGUGAAGCCACCGUGCUGAUGGGCCUUCAUUUUUGAUGCUACAGGGAAAAGUCGACCUCAACACUGCUCCUCAUGCCAAGCCAUUAACCAAGACACUGCCACGGGAAGAUCUCUAAAGGUGUAUCACACACAUUGGACAACCAUCUAUUGUCAGCCAUAUUAGAAGACGAAGAAAGGAAGCUAGUUUUUAUUUUUCAUGGCACAGUAUGGCUUUUUAAUUCUUGUGCCUUUUCUAUUGUUCUAUUUUAGUCAUCACUCUUCUGGACAAUUUUUUGUAUUUAAGGAAUAAAAAGCAUUCUUUGUUA